AUGCCCUCACCUGAACUGGCCACUGGUUCAAACCCGUCUCCCGUUGGAUCUCAGUCGGGCAUGCAAAACAGCUCCGGCGCAUCUGACCUGGGAGCGGGAGGGUUUGACUCCUUGGAUAACGGAGCGGCCCAGUCCCUCAACGGACCUCCAUCUGAUAGCAUCGCAGAAGGAAAACAGAACGCGCAAGCUAAGAUGGGCGCAUCGGGCGGAGAGUCUACGAAUGAGACCAAUGGCACUCACCAGUCGAACGGCACAAAUGGCUCUGCACAAAGUAGGAAGCGAUCGCGUGAUGGAUCCGUCAUUCAUGCUAGCGAUGUUUCGGGAACAAUGGCUGUUCGCACGCGUGAAACGCCUGUCGAGAAGAUUUUGCUAGACCAUUAUGUUAACCGCGAAUUCCAAUAUUCGGCGGCGGUCGCCUGGGAGAACCCAGCCCAAGAGCUGGAACAACAGAAGCGAGCAGAACGGGAUUUCUACCUGGCCGUCCGUCGCGAAACCCAAGGCAACCCAGCCGCGUUGUUUGGGGUGGGCUACGAAGGAUUUGGAAACCCGCGGACCGAUCUACGAACUCAACACACUCAAAGCCUACCGAUAUUGUACCCGGCUCAUAGACGUCGGCCUGGGAACCGCAAAACCCGCGAAUUACGGGUUUCAAGGCGGGAUAUGAAGAUACAAAACGAGCAGAUUGAAGAUCUCGUUCCUAUCCGACUUGAUAUUGAUUGGGAAAAGGUCAAGAUUCGAGAUACUUUCACCUGGAACCUCCAUGACCGUGUCGUGUCGCCGGAUCUGUUUGCUGAAAAAUUGGUUGAGGAUCUGGGAUUGUCUUUGGAAUCGUCCGCUCCGUUGAUACGGACGAUUUCGCAGAGCAUCCAGGAGCAGAUCAUGGAUUACUAUCCCCAGAUCUACAUGCAAGAAGAACCUCUUGACCCCCAACUACCUUACACAGCGCAUCGGAACGAUGAGAUGCGAAUUUUGAUCAAACUGAAUAUCACUAUCGGUCAACACACCCUCAUCGAUCAAUUCGAAUGGGACAUCAACGAUCCCGAAAAUUCACCGGAGGAGUUUGCCCUUCGUUUGACGGACGAUCUGUCCCUUUCGGGAGAAUUUACCACCGCCAUUGCCCAUUCCAUUCGUGAGCAAUCUCAAUUGUUCACCAAGUCUCUUUAUAUCGUCAGCCACCCCUUCGACGGCCGUCCUAUCGAGGAUCCCGAUCUCAGCACAUCCUUCCUCCCAACUCCCGUAUCCUCCGCAUUCCGCCCCUUCCAAGCAGCCAAGGAGCACACGCCAUACCUUUACGAACUCAACGAGGCCGAUCUCGAGCGCACCGAAAUCUCGAUUUCCCGCGAACAACGUCGCCAGAAGCGAUCUAUCAAUCGUCGUGGUGGUCCAGCUCUACCAGAUCUCAAGGACCGGCAACGUACUAUUCGCACGCUCAUCGUUUCUUCUGUUAUUCCCAACUCCGCAGAAUCCUUCGAGGAGAGCAAUGUCAUUAAGCGUUCCGGGUCUAGCCGCCGUCGUGGAUUGAUAGGAACCCGUGGUGACGAAGAGUCCGAUGACUUCGAAAGUGACGACUCGGACGAAGGGUCACCGGCCAUUGGCCCACAUCUUUCUCAAGGCACUGCUCGCACAAGAGGCAUGAGAGGCGCGGCCACAGCAGCCCACGCAGCUUUGCGCGCUAGCUUGGGGCAGUCGGCCACCCCAGAGCCCAUGUUGCAGGAGCCCACCCGAGUGUCGUCACGGCGUCAGCAGCAAUUGCGAGAAGAAAGUUUCGAAGAGCCGGAAAAGCUAGUUGUGAGACUCAAGAUUUCACGGGAUAAAUUGGCAGAUCUCCGAAGUGGAAAACGGAUUUUCGACCCAGCGGUGCAAGCUGGCGCCAUGGCACCUCCCUCCGACAAACAGAACCGACAACACCAUCCCCCACGGCCUCAGCAGACCGGAGCCGUUGAUGCACCGAACCCGCCCCAGCAAGGGGUCCCAGGACCCCCUCCGCCUAGCUGGCUCCAGGCUGGCCUGACAAAGCUAAAGCAAUCUCAUCCUAAUGACUCAUUUGAAGGAGUGAUGCGCUAUUCUGCUGUGGAUACGGAAACCCUCGCGCCUGUCUCCAACCCAAGCGUCCUUCAAGCUGGUCAGAAGAUCAAAUAUCAAUACCUGCCCCGUAUCCGCUGCCAUGACUGCCCUGGGAAGCUAUACACCCCAGGUCCUGGCAUGACAGUGGACAACUUCGAAGUUCAUCUGCGUAACCGUCAACACAAGGAGCGCGUUGAAGAACGAAUCAACAAGACUGGCGGCAGUGCACCCGCCACCCCUGACGUGGGUGGUAGUGCCAAUGCCAGCCCAGCACCUGGUGCCGCGACCUCUGCCAGCGCCAGCCCAGCCUUGGGUGUUGCCCCAAUCCCUGGAGUCUCUCCUGCCCCUGUCCCUGGGCCACAGCCAUAA